AUGGAAUAUGAAUUUGAUCCUGAAUCAAUAUUACUUGAUUUCGAACAAGCAACAGUUAAUUCAGUAACCAAACUAUUUCCAGAUGCUGAACAAAAGGGUUGUCUAUUUCAUAUGGGUCAAUGUCUUUGGAGACACGUACAAUCUAUAGGACUUCGGAAUAAAUACAUCAAUGACGACUUAUUUCGAUUAAAUGUACAUAAACUUAUAGCACUUGCAUUUGUACCAGUUGAUGAUGUCACCCAAGCGUAUUCGUCAAUGAUCAUUGAUUUUGAUCACGAUGUUGAUGAAUUAUUAGAGUAUUUUGAGAAAACGUGGGUUGGGCAGAGGAAAACACGAGGUAGUCGACGAACAAAGCCUCAAUUCCCUAUACCAUUAUGGAAUGUAUAUGACCGAGUUAUCAGAGAUUUACCUAAGUCCAACAACUCGGUUGAAGCGAAUUGUAUUCUAAGAGAACAAAGCAAAUUCGAAAUAGAUAUCGAAAUAAUUCGUGUUGGACAAGAACCAAAACCUAAAAAAAAGAUUUAUGCUACUCUGGAUUCACGAUUAAAGCGAAUUAUUGCUACGUAUAACUUUGAAUCUAUUAACGACUAUUUAGGCCGUGUGGCUGUUAACGUGAAACUUAAUUGUUAA